AUGGCCGCGGCGGAGGGGGACGGUGGUGUUCGGGCCGAAGCUGACCGGGAAUUGGAAGAGCUUCUGGAAAGUGCUCUUGAUGAUUUCGAUAAGGCCAAACCCUCCCCAGCACCCCCUCCUACCACCACGGCCCCUGAUGCUUCAGGGCCCCAGAAGAGAUCGCCAGGAGACACUGCCAAAGAUGCCCUCUUCGCCUCCCAAGAGAAGUUUUUCCAGGAACUGUUUGACAGCGAGCUGGCUUCCCAAGCCACUGCAGAGUUUGAGAAAGCAAUGAAAGAGUUGGCUGAGGAAGAGCCCCACCUGGUAGAGCAGUUCCAAAAGCUUUCAGAGGCUGCUGGGAGAGUAGGCAGUGAUGCGACUUCCCAACAAGAAUUCACCUCUUGCCUAAAGGAGACAUUAAGUGGACUAGCCAAGAAUGCCACUGACCUUCAGAACUCUGGCAUGUCAGAAGAGGAGCUGACCAAGGCCAUGGAAGGGCUGGGUAUGGACGAAGGGGAUGGGGAAGGGACCAUCCUCCCCAUCAUGCAGAGCAUCAUGCAGAACCUACUGUCCAAGGAUGUGCUGUACCCGUCACUGAAGGAAAUCACAGAAAAGUAUCCAGAAUGGUUGCAGGCUCACCGAGACUCUCUACCUCCAGAGCAAUUUGAAAAAUAUCAGGAACAACAUAGUGUCAUGGGCAAAAUAUGUGAGCAGUUUGAGGCAGAGACCCCCACAGACAGUGAGGCCACUCAGAAGGCUCGUUUUGAGGUGGUGCUGGAUCUUAUGCAGCAGCUGCAAGAUUUGGGCCAUCCUCCAAAAGAGCUUGCUGGGGAGAUGCCUCCUGGCCUCAACUUUGACCUGGACGCCCUUAAUCUGUCGGGCCCACCAGGUGCCAGUGGCGAACAGUGUCUGAUCAUGUGA